GUCUGAUCAUGGAUCAAUGCUGUUGAGGCAUGCGGCUGGCCUUAUGAGCCGUCACAUGCUCUCUUAGGGUUGUAGAACGAGUCGCUAUAUAGAAGCUUCAUUUCCCCGCUUCUUCACCUCCUUCCUUUCUCAGAACCCGGCGAUGGAUUAUUCCACCUUUUCCAUCAGAGAUGCACUGGGUCCUCAGGUGGUCCUGCAGCGUUCUUCGACGAUGACCAGUGUCGUUCCACGAGAUCGUGCUUUUGUGGAGCAGGAAACCUUUCUGUCACGCAAUCAGGCCGAUGCAGCGCGAAAUCUAAAUGACGUCGAUGCCACGAGUCAUCCAACACAUCACUCCUUUAAUACAAAUUCACAACACGCACAUUCCGUUUCUCCGCUACUUUCAUUUCAAAAUGUGUCUGAGGAUUACAUUCCCACCCUCCCCGGCUUCGCGAUCCACAACACGUCAUCUACUCAUGUCUACCAGGAACACCACUUCUUAGAUCCGUCCAAUGCACGUAUCACAAACCAUCAGCUCAUGCUGCAUGAUUCGACAUAUCCUUUCUCAGAGAUAGCCCUGGCACCUGGGGAACAGUCUUCCAAUGGGGACCAGCCCAUCAAGGCUGCCAGCUUCUCGAGGACCGCAGGUCAGAACCAUCAGUAUGACGCACUAUCUCUAGACACUACCUUCCAUCAUUUGUACUUAACCAUCAACGAUAAAAGCGAAAUGACGCAUCCUACAUCGCCCCCCUUUUCGCUAGAUAGUCUUGAUAGCACACGUCCCCCUUGGAUCUACCAGCAUCCUGUGCCACACCAUCAUCAUCCUGCAUAUCCUUUUCCCUUAGUACUUCUCCCUCUCGCCGACUACUCCUCGUUUCCUGGAUCUUAUGCCCCAAGAAGAGAUGGUCGGCGUACGUCACACGUCUCAGUUGAACGCUCAAGAAUACGGGCAGCUUGACAUCUUGCGUGGCACCGCUGGAUUAUCUAGGCCAUCACAUUAUAUCAAGGCGCCCACCCAACUACCACCUCGCCCUUAUUCGGCAGAUCCCCCCGCGUACCGGAGUUCUGGGGAAACGAUUGAGGAGAAGGUCCUCGGAUUCUGACCUUGCAGAUCGGGACACCACGAUAACUGCACUGCCUCAGGCAUGCAAUUCCCGUUCAGAACCUAGGAUUAA